UUUAUUUUUUGAGACGGACUCUCGCUCUGUCACCCAGGCUGGAGUGCAGUGGCGCAAUCUCGGCUCACUGCAAGCUCCACCUCCCGGGUUCAGGCCAUUCUCCUGCCUCAGCCUCCGGAGUAGCUGGGACUACAGGCGCCCGCCAGCAUGCCCGGCUAAUUUUUUUGUAUUUUUAGUAGAGAUGGGGUUUCACUGUGUUAGUCAGGAUGGUCUCGAUCUCCUGACCUCGUGAUCCGCCCGCCUCGGCCUCCCAAAGUGCUGGGAUUACAGGCGUGAGCCACCGCACCUGGCCUUUCUACUAUUUUUUUAGGAAGAAGGUCACUUAUUUUUGGAGUGCCAGCACCCUCUACUUCAGAUAGGAUACUGUUAAAUGAAGCGAUGAAAUAGUAUUUUGUUAAAACUUGAACAAUAGUUAUAUAACAUAUUUUGUAGGUUUUACUAUGCUUUGCCAUUUUUAUCAUAUGAACUAGUUGACAAUGUAACUAUCUAAUGACAUAAACUGAUACUUCUUUCUCAAAACAUAAAGGCUUCUUUCUCCCCCACGGGCUGUUAAUUUUUUUUUAAUAGUCACAUAAAGGAUUGUGAAACUAGUUUCUAAUUGGAUUUCAUGUGUAUAUUCUUGAAGUUUUAAAAACUGUUUUUUAAUUGACAAAUAAAAUAAUAUAUAUUUUAAUUUAUUUAAAAUUGUGCAUAUACAACAUGAUGUUUUGAAGUAUAUAUACAUUGAGAAAUGGCUAAAUCUAUCUAAUAACAAAUGCAUUAUGUCAUAUGCUUAUUUUUGGGGCAAACGCAACACAAUUUUCGAUAUGUUGUGUUUAGGUAAUACCCUAAAUGAUGCCUUUGUUACUCGUUGAUUGUCUUGGUGAAAUUUGCUGUUCCUUCUAGGCCUAUCUGGAAAGUCCGACAUUAACUCUGCUUUAUUUAAUCUUCUAAUCAUUUAAUUUCAAGUAAAUAGCAAUGAUGAAAUAAUAUUUCAUACUGAUGACAGUAUGAAUUACAAAGAUAGUUAUUUGAAACCACAUAUGUAAUAUUACAUAUUGGAAAAACAUAUAGGGAAUUACAAUCCUGGACAGGUCAAAUAAUAUUCAUCUGAGUAAACUGAAUAAUAACAAAAAUAAAGUAGAUCUGAUAGAUGUACAUACAAUUCUGCUCUUCAAAUAAAAAAUAUAACUGUUUUUUCCCAUGUAGGAGUAAACUUGUUUGUGUUUGUUUUUAAAUCAAUCAUCUGUUGAGUAGUAAAGAAAUAACAAUCAGUAAAAGAAAAUGUAAAAGAGUUAUACACACUAUUUUCUCUGGCACUAAUUUAAUAAUCCUAUGAUGAUAAUAGAAGAAAAAAUUUUAAUGGCAAUAUAAAUAUAAACAUUUAGGAAUAUGCUCUUGAGACAAAUAUAGAAAAUCUUCAAUUAAAAAAUACCUACAAAUAACAGCUAACCUAACAAAUAUAUAAGCUCUGUUUAAAACCUUAUUUAAAAGAAAAUUUAUGUGUCAAACGUCUUCACUGGUGCAAAUAAAUAUUGAGAGAAAGAAACAAAUAUUAAGAAAAAAUAAUGAAAAAUUUUAAAAUAAAUAGAACAUAAUGAAGAUAAAAUUAGAAAUCAACAAAUUGUAAAGCAGACUUUAGAAUUUAUAAAGUCAGUAAAAUAAUCAAUAGCUUUAGAAUCACUAGUUAAUUCAACUAAGAAAAGAAAAAUAAAUUAUUAAUAUGCACAAAUAAUCAAGAAAUUAAUUGCCAAUAAGGAUGAAAUUAAAAGAACAGAAAGAAAAUGCAUUUUAUAACUCUAGGCAUAGAUAUUUGAAAAUCUAUAUGAAAUAAAUACACUUCUUUGAAAAUAUAAAUUAUAAAAAGUAUUUAUUAGAAAAUAGAAAAAUUACAGAUAAUGUGAAAAAUAUACCAUUUAUCGUAUAUCUACUAGUUGUAUCAAAAUGUAAAGAAACUGAUCCAUUUUAAAACUGAUUCCAGGCAUGGAAAAGAAGCAAAGCUUCCCAUUACUUUGUAUAAUGUCACCACAUCAGUAGCAAAGUCUUAUAAAGACAGCACAGAGAAAGAAAAUUGCAGAUCAAUUUUACUGAAAAAUUAAUCAAUUUUACUGCAAUAUUAAUGCAAAAAUCCUAAAUGAAAUACUAGCAAAUACUAUACAGUCGUAUAUUAAGAUAAUCACUAAUCUUUACAAAGUAAGUUCAUUCACAAUAAUCAAAUUUGGUUUAAUACUAAGAAAUUCAUCUAUAUAACUAACCAUUUUAAUCAGUUCAUUAACUUGUAAUUAUGUGCAUCUUAGGAGAUAUUAAGUAGAUAUUUGAAAAUUGGAAAACUCCAUUCAAGAAACCAAACAAAGUCUGUAUAAGAAUAUAUAUACCAAAGGCCAAUGCCACAAUUAGCGGCAACACCCUUGCAAUCUACCUAUUAAAAUUGGUGGGAGCGAUAAGCUCCCGCUUUGGGAGGCGAUAAGAAGGAAAAGGAGAAGUAGGGAAAGAAAGAUGGGGAAGAAGAGAAGGAAGAGUCAGAAAAUGGAAGAGUAAUAGGAACAGGGUCCUAAAUUGUAGAAGUCCUUGCACAAUUGGGACAGCCAGUGCCGAUUGUAUUGUACAAGAGGUGAAUCUGUCAUUCUUUCUUGUUAGUAUAAUUGAAAAUGAGACUGUCCAAAAGAAAUGUGUAUAAAAAGAAAAAUGCUAGAAAUAGGUAGAGAUUCAGUAAGGUGGAAACGUACAAACAUAAAUUUAAAAUGUUAUAGCUUAGAAACCAUAAUGGGAAUAUAAGUGAUUUAAUUGUAAGAAAAAAUAUAUAAAAAACCUUAGAGAGAAAUAAUAAUGUAGUAUAAACUUUAGAGGAGUUCAAGUAAACAGGUAAUUAAGAAGAUACAUUUCAAUAUUGGAUACUAUUAAAUAAGAUUCAUUCUAGUGUUUAAUAUUUUGUGUGUUAUAAAAUAUUAUCAUAUAUAAAUAUACUCAUAUGGAAGUAUUUAUUAUCCUUAGUUUGUGAUUCCGUAAGGGACGCAGCAAUCAGCAUUCUGUUAAAUACAUAUGCUUUCCACAUAACUAUAACUCAUAUUAAAAUAAUAUACACAGCUGCCAAAAUGUUUUCUAUUUUAAAGUAAUUGGUCUAUCUCAAUAUAAAACAUCUUCUCUUUUAAGCAUUUAUGUAUGUAUGGUACACUUAGUACUAGUUAUUUUAGUAAAUCAGUACAAUGCAUAUUAUAAUAGAAUAACAUAUAUGAAAAGGUCCUAGUCUCGUCUUGUCAAUAUGCUUUGUUUCAAUUCUAAUUCAUGCUCAUGUCGCUUUAUUGUCUUGUUGUCAUGGUCACGCACAAUAAAUUACAAUAAAGUUGGGCUUCUCGCCCGCCCGCCCCUCGCCCGCGCGCCGGCCCUGCAGAGCCCGCAGGCCCAGCUCUCCUCCGUGACCCGGACCAGCAGGCGGACCGCCCUGAGGAGGCCGGGAGGGGAGGGCUGCGCCAGCCAGCGGGCGAGCUACGGCGCCGAACUUCCGCGCUGCCCCCAACUGCAGGCCAAGAGCACGCAGUCCGACCUGGCCUUCUUCAGGUUCCCGCGGGACCCGGCCAGAUGCUAGGAGUGGGAGGAGAAUUGUAGGAGAGCUGACUUAGAAGAUAAAACAGCUGAUCGGCUGGGCGCGGUGGCUCACGCCUGUAAUCCCAGCACUUUGGGAGGCCGCCGAGGUCAGGAGAUUGAAACCAUCCUGGCUAACACGGUGAAACCCUGUCUCUACUAAAAAUACAAAAAAGUUAGCCGGGCGUGAUGGCGGGAGCCUGUAGUCCCAGCUACUCGGGAGGCUGAGGCAGGAGAAUGGCGGGAACCCGGGAGGCGGAGCUUACAGUGAGCCGAGAUCGCGCCACUGCACUCCAGCCUGGGCGACAGAGCGAGACUCCGUCUCAAAAAAAAAAAAAAAACCUAAUCAGCUAAAUAAACAUCGUCGAUUAUGUGCCAAACAUGAGACCUCUAUGAUCUGUAGAACUAGUCCUUCUAGGACAGUUCCUCGAGAUAAUGCAAUACCAACAAUAUUUGAUCUUACAGUCAUUUGAACAAACCACUUAAGUAGACACAGAAAACGAAUAAAAGAACUGAGUGAAGACGAAAUCAGGACUGAAACAGAAAAAUAUUGAUGAAACUUCUGAGCAGGAAGAAAAACAUAAAGAAACCAACGAUAGCAAUGCUCAGAACCCCAGUGAAGAAGAGGGUGAAGGGCAAGAUGAGGACAUUUUACCUCUAUCCCUUGAAGAGAAGGAAAACAAAGAAUACCUAAAAUCUCUAUUUGAAUUCUUGAUUCUGAUGGGAAAGCAAAAUAUACCUCUGGAUGGACAGGAGGCUGAAGACAUCCCAGAAGGUCUGUUUGCUGUAGAUAACUUUCAAGCACUGCUGGAGUGCCAGAUAAAUUCUGGUGAAGAGGUCCUGAGAAAGCGCUUUAAGACAACAUUAGUUAACACGUUGUUUUCUUCAAAAACACAGCGGAGGCAGAUGGUAGAGAUCUGUGAGAGCUAUAUUCGAGACGAAACCCUCAGGGAAGAGAGAAAAUCACACUUCUUUUCCAUUAUCACUGACGAUGUAGUGGACAUAGCAGGGGAAGAGCACCUAACGGUUGGUGAGGUUUGUUGAUGAGUCUCAUAGCCUAAGAGAGGAAUUUGUAGGUUUUCUGCCUUACGAAGCUAAUGCAGAAAUUUUGGCUGUGAAAUUUCACACUAUGAUAACUGAGAAGUGGGGAUUAAAUAUGGAGUAUUGUUGUGGUCAGGCUUACAUUGUGUCUAGUGGAUUUUCUUCCAAAAUGAAAGUUGUUGCUUCUAGACUUGUAGAAAAAUAUCCCCAAGCCAUCUACACACUCUGUACUUCCUGUGCCUGAAAUAUGUGGUUGGCAAAAUCAGUACCUGUUGUGGGAGUAUCUGUUGCAUUAGGAACAAUUGAGGAAGUUUGUUCUUUUUUCCCUCGAUCACCACAACUGCCUUUAGAACUUGACAAUGUAACUUCUGUUCUUUUUCAGAACAGUAAAGAAAGGGGUGAAGAACUGGAGGAAAUCUGCCAUUCUCAGUGGACAGGCAGGCAUGAUGCUUUUGAAAUUUUAGUGGAACUCCUGCAAGCACUUGUUUUAGGUUUAGAUGGUAUAAACAGUGACACAAAUAUUAGAUGGAAUAACUGUAUAGCUGGCCGAGCAUUUGUACUCUGCAGUGCAGUAACAGAUUUUGAUUUCAUUGUUACUAUUGUUGUUCUUAAAAAUGUCCUAUCUUUUACAAGAGCCUUUGGGAAAAAUCUCCAGGGGCAAACCUCUGAUGUCUUAUUUGCAGCUGGUAGCUUGACUGUAGUACUGCAUUUACUGAACGAAGUGAUGGAAAAUAUUGAAGGUUAUCAUGAAUUUUGGUUUGAGGAAGCCACAAAUCUGGUAACCAAACUUGACAUUCAAAUGAAACUCCCUGGAAAAUUCCACGGUGCUCACCAGGGUAACUUGGAAUCUCAGCUAGCCUCUGAGAGUUACUAUAAAGAUACCCUAAGUGUCCCAACAGUGGAGCACAUUAUUCAGGAAGUUAAAGAUACAUUCUUAGAACAGCACCUCAAAGCUCUUAAAUGCUUAUCUCUGGUACCCUCAGUCAUGGGACAACUCAAAUUCAAUAUGUCAGAGGAACACCACGCUGACAUGUAUAGAAGUGACUUACCCAAUCCUGACACUCUGUCAGCCAAGCUUCAUUGUUGGAGAAUCAAAAGGAAACACGGGGGGAACGAUAUAAAGCUUCCAUCCACCAUCUAUGAAGCCCUCCACCUGCCUGACAUCAAGUUUUUUCCUAAUGUGUAUGCCUUGCUGAAGGUCCUGUGUUUUCUUCCUGUGAUGAAGGUUGAGAAUGAGCCGUAUGAAAAUGGAUGAAAGCGUCUUAAACCAUAUUUGAGGAACACUUUGACAGACCAAAGUUCGAGUAACUUGGCUUUGCUUAACAUGAAUUGUGAUAUAAAACACAACCUGGAUUUAAUGAUGGACACAUACAUUAAACUCUAUACAAGUAAGUCAGAGCUUCCCACAGAUAAUUCCGAAACCAUCGAAAAUACCUAAGAGACUUUUAAAAAUAGGCCUUCUUAUAUUUGAUAUUUGAAAGAAAAGCCGUAUGGUGUAUGUAGACCUCUUAAUCACUAAAUGUCUUUGCUUAUAGGACUCCAUUGAAUACAUUAGCCAUUGAUAAUCUACCUGUUUAAAUGGCCCCUGUUUGAACUCCCAGGCUUUGAAGACCUACCUGUUCUUCCAGAAAGGAACAUUGAAAGUGCCAUGUUUCCUUCUGCCUGUUCUCUGCUGACGGCACUCUGAAAUUGUUUUAGUUAGGUCAUUUUAGACAUAGCAUUUGUUAUCACUGUGGAUCUCUACUUGUUGGGUGUUAUGAAUUCUUUGAAGAAAUAUGUUUUGAAGAGGUGUGGGAGGAAGGAAUACAUUUUAUAAAAUGUUAUAGUGACGCCCACAGUUGACCUUUGACUAAUAGGAGUUUUAAGUAUGUUGAAAAUCUCUCCUGGACAGUUACAAGAAAUUACUGGAGAAAAGCUCGUGAGCUCGCCAAGCAAGGAUUUCAGUGUAGAUUUUGUCUUUCUCUAACUUAAAGGAACAAAUGACAGUUAAAAUUUGAAUGGAAGAGCCUGCCGUUGUUCCACAUCUCGUUGUUGCUGUUUACAUUCCUUUGUGAAGCCUACAUCUUCCUAAGCUUUUUAGCAGGUAUAUUUUGAACACUUCUGUUUCGUGGUUAAGACAGAAUCAGAGGCCAUGGAUACUGACAACUGACUUGUCUGUUUGCUUUCUGUCUUUUUCCCUGACUCUUACCUACUGCCUCAUCUUGAUUUAUAAGCAACAACUGGAAAACCUACAAAAAUAAGGGUUGUGGUUUAUCUAGGAAACUAUGGAAAGUAUUGCUCUUAUUUUUGAUGAAGAAAAUCCAUUUUGUAUAGUUUAUUUCAAUCUAAAUAAAAUGUGAAUUUUGUUUAAAAAUGGAAAAAAGAAAAUCAUUUUAUUCUCGAAAUGAAAAAAUCAUUUACGAGCUUCUUGAAAUUUUACUGUCAUGUUAUUAACUCAUGUCAGUCUUUUGAUACACU